GCUACACAGAACGCUUCCUCCCCAUGCGGCUGCCGCAAUGAACACAAGGAAAGAAGGCCCUGGCCUCUUAUUACUUUUGGGCUUGGCACUGGCAGCGGGAUUGUCCCAGUCCCCUGAAGGAGAAUCGCCCAAAGAGCAGCCUGAUUCAGAGCUCCUAAAAUGCCCCAGCUUGUGCGCUUGCAGCUACGACUACUACAGUGAGGAGCUCAAUGUCUUCUGCAGCUCCCGGAACCUCACCCAUCUUCCAGAAGAGGUGCCCAUCAAUGUUAGGGCACUGUGGCUGGAUGGCAACAAUUUCACUUCUCUGCCAGCUGCAGCCUUCAAGAAUCUUUCCAACUUGGAUUUCCUUGAGCUGCAGAACAGCCAGCUGGUAAGCAUUGAGCAGCAUGCCUUCCAUGGGCUAAGAAGUCUCUACCAUUUGCACCUGGAACGCAACAGGCUGAAGUAUUUGGCACCCAAUACUUUUCUUCACACACAGAAUCUAGGCUCCCUGAGCCUCAACAACAACCACUUCACCAAAAUUGAGGAAGGCCUUUUUGCUGGGCUCUCCAACCUCUGGUACCUGAACCUGGGCUGGAACUCGCUUGUGGUCUUACCUGACAGAGUGUUCCAUGACCUGCCUAACUUGAGGGAGCUUGUCCUGGCUGGAAACAAGCUGGCCUACCUACAGCAUCAGCUCUUCUGCAGCCUUAAUGAACUGAAGGAACUGGACUUGAGUGGGAACUCACUGAAAGGUGUCAAAAUUAACAUCUUUGUCAAGCUUCAGAAGCUGCAGAAGCUCUACCUGAAUCACAACCAGAUCAAUGCUAUUGCCCCUCGAGCUUUUAUGGGGAUGAAGGCCCUGAGGUGGCUGGACCUGUCUCACAAUCGUCUGGUCUCACUAUUUGAAGAAACAUUCCUGGGCCUUUUGAGCCUGCAUGUUUUACGUUUAUCUAGUAAUUCAAUCACCAGCCUGAGACCAAGGACUUUCAAAGAUCUCCAGUUCCUGGAAGAGCUGCAGCUGGGUCAUAACAGGAUCAAAAACCUGGCAGAAAGGACUUUUGAUGGGCUGGGCCAACUGGAGGUUCUUACACUGAACAAUAACCAGAUCCAAGACAUCAGGGUCGGUGCAUUCCUUGGCCUCCACAAUGUAGCGGUGAUGAAUCUGUCUGGUAACUGCAUCAAGGCUCUUCCAGAUUACGUCUUUAAGGGACUAAUCAAGCUGCAUAGUCUUCAUUUAGAAAACAGCUGUCUCAGCCGAAUCAAGGCACAAACUUUCUCCAGCCUUUCCAGCCUUCGGAGGCUCUUCUUGCAACACAACAGCAUCUCUGCCAUUGAGGACCACAGUUUGAAUGACCUGCAUGAGCUUUUGGAGCUGGACCUUAAACACAACAAGCUGACAAGUCUCUCCCCCAGGUUGUUCACAGGCCUGAUUAACCUGGAAUAUCUCCUCCUCUCCUCCAACCAGCUUCUGGAAAUCACCCCUGAAGCUUUCAGCUUGCUUCAGCGCCUCUCUUGGCUUGACCUCUCCAACAACUUUUUGGAGACGGUGAACAGCAGUGUAACAGCCCCCUUAUCAAACCUGCGAUAUCUUAGCCUCAGAAACAAUUCCUUGGAAAACUUCUCAGUUGAUUUUCUGGGCUCUUCACCUGUAAUGGAGCAGCUAUGGCUGGAAGGAAACAAGUGGCACUGUAAUUGCUCACUGAAGCAACUGCGAGACUUCUCCUUGCAGCACCCCACAGUGGUCCCACGUUUUGUUCAGUACAUUGUGGAAAGGGAUGAUUCCCACAUACCCAUAUAUACAUACAACAACCUCACCUGCCUGAGCCCACCAGAGGUCAUGGGACUUGACCUGCGGGACAUCAGUGAUGAUCACUUUGCUCACUGCUAAUAGGUGAGCCUAAUUUUGGAGGACCUUUUGAUUUCUGUAGAUGGCGGCUUUAAAUACCUAUGUCCACAUAUUCAGGUAGCACCUACCAUACUGGGAUCUUUUUAGGGCCUAAGAAAGCAGUUAUCUGACAUCUGUUUCCCUUCUUGCACUCACCUCCAUGCUUAGCUCACUAGGACCACUGUCCAAGGUAUACCAGCAUUCACCAGCCCCUCGAGCUGAGUGUGAUUUCUCAGCAGUCUUUAGCUUCCUUUUUUCCAUGCUGUACCAAACAUAGAUGUUUAUAACUGCAAUUUUAAACAGAAUCAAUGUGCAGCCUUUGGCAUCAAGUAAAUGGUGUA